AUGGCCACGAUGCGCAAAUUGUCGUUUUGCAAGCCCCCCGAUGGCCUUCUCGAGAUCUCUGACAGAGUUUAUGUUUUUGAUUGCUGUUUCGGCAUGGAACAUGAUCGGAAUGAACAACAUUACAAAGUCUACGUGGAUGGGGUGGUUGGUCAAUUUCGAAAAAACGUUCCUGACGCUUCAAUUUUGGCAUGCAAUUUCGGUGAGGAAGAGACAAAUAGCAAGAUGGCCAAUGUUUUGUCCUUGCAUGAUGUUACUCUCAUGGACUAUCCUCGCCACUACCUAGGUUGCCCCGUGCUAAAAAUGGAAACCAUGUGCCUCUUUCUAAGGUCGUGUGAAAGUUGGCUCUCUAAUCGUCACCACAAUGUCUUGUUGAUGCAUUGUGAGCGUGAUGGUUGGCCAGUUUUGGCUUUCAUGUUGGCUGCAUUGUUGAUUUUGAUGAAGAAGUGUGAUGGUGAACAGAGGACUUUGGAUAUGGUUUACAAGCAAGCUAAGCGCGAGCUUUUGCAUUUGUUGAUGCCAGUGAAUCCCAUCCAUUCGCAACUGAGGUAUUUGCAGUACGUUUCAGGGAGGAAUAGGACCUUAGACUGGCCUCCAUUGGACAGGGCUAUCAGGUUGGAUUGUAUCAUUGUCAGGUUUAUCCCAAACUUUGUUGGUGAAGGUGGUUGUGGUCCGGUGUUUAGAAUUUAUGGACAGGAUCCUUUUCAUGCCGAUAAGAAUCCAAAAAUCUUGUACUCAACGCCCAAGAUAACCAAAAAUGUCCGGGCUUACAAUAUGGGAGAUUGUGAAACAAUUAAAGUUGAUAUCAAUUGCCAUAUUCAAGGUGAUGUCCUGAUUGAGAGCAUUAACUUGAAUGGUGACAUGGACAGGGAGCACCUGAUGUUCCGAGCCAUGUUCAACACAGCUUUUAUUAGAUCUAAUUCCCUGGUACUUAAUCGGGACAACAUUGAUGUUUUAUGGUAUGCUAAAGAUUGCUUCCCAAAGGAUUUCAGAGCAGAGAUUCUUUUCUCCGAGAAGGAUGCUGCUGCAGCAGUUCUUGAGAAUGGCACAUCAUGCUUUGGGGAGAACGAAGGAUUGCCUGUUGAAGCAUUUUCCAAAAUUCAAGAGAUCUUUAGUUAUGCGGACUGGAUGAAUCCCACCGAAGAUCCUGCACUAAAAGUACUCCAACAGAGACGUGAUUCAUCUAUCAUACAUGACAAGUUGAAUACAAGUUCGGAUAAGUAUGUGGAGAGUGGCACUCUUUUGCAUGGCAAAGGUCCUGAACAGCCUCAGGAGAAAAAAAAUGAAGCAAAUUGUUUCUUGUCUUCAACUAAGCAAUCCCCAGAUAAUGAUAUGAGUAGAAAAGAGGAUAAGAUCAUCAAGACUGGUUAUAUUCCACCACAGUAUAGGAAGUCUGACAUCCUCAGUCAAAAAACGCCUAGCUCUUUAGAAAGAACCUCAGACUCCAGUAAUUGUGUAACAGAUUCUGCAAAUCCUUACAGAAAACAACAUUCAUAUAAUUUUGCCUUAUCUGGUUCUGUGGAUACCUCCUCUAGUGGUUCAAUGUCACCACAAACACCUCCACAGCACUCUCCCUUGUCUAGCAGGGCUAAAAAAGUUCAUGAUUUCCCUCCUUAUAAGGAAUCAGAUCUUAAUAGUCUUUUGCCUUUGAAAUCAAGACAUCCACUUACUGAAGAAACUGAAUCUCAAUCACAAGACAAAUGUCAGUCAUUUAAUAUUAGCUCUACAAAUAGGACUCCAUCCUCAUGUGCUUGUCAAAAUAAGUCACCGAAUGAUGAUGUUUCUGAUCCUCCGGCUUCUGCAAUUAGGUCAACUCAGUCACCUCUUCCAUCCCCUCAACUUUCUUCCCCAACACCUCCUUUAAAGAAGAUUUUACCUGUUAGGACAAGACCUGAUUCGUUCCCUUCAAAACUUCAAACCCCGCCACCUCCACCCACUCCUCCACUAAAGGAACAUGUACAAAUUAGAGCUGGACCUCAAUCCCCACCAACUCCUCCAAAGGAUGAAAAACAAAUCAGAGCUGGAACCCCUCCUUCACCUCCAACUCCACCACCACCUCCUUGUCUUUCUGGGAAAUCUGCAAGUCCUACUAUAGCACCCCCGCCUCCGCCACCACCAGCUGUUCCUUCAGCUCCAGCUGCUCCACCACCUCCAACUUACUUUGAUAAAGGAGGUGUAAAACCAGACAAUGGUUUUCCCACGUCACUUUUGGUUGGUGGUGAUGGACAUAAUGUGUCAGGCACACAAGGACAUCGAUCUACUUCAUCCACUGGCUCAAAGGGACGAAUUAUAUCACAUACAAGCUCAAAUAGUCAGACCAAAAAGUUGAAGCCAUUGCAUUGGUUGAAACUAUCUAGAGCAGUGCAAGGAAGUUUGUGGGCAGAGGCACAGAAAUCUGGUGAAGCUUCCAAAGCCCCGGAGAUUGAUAUGUCAGAGCUUGAGAGUCUCUUCUCAGCUGCAGUCCCAAGAGCAGUCCCUUCCAAGAAGUCAAAUGUCCAAAGCUCAGUUGGGCCAAAGUCUGAUAAAGUGCAACUGAUUGAUCAUACACGAGCAUAUAAUUGUGAAAUCCUUCUUUCAAAAGUGAAAGUGCCCUUACAUGAAUUCAUGAGCUCAGUGCUAGCACUGGAAGAGUCGGCAUUAGACACUGAUCAGGUUGAGAACCUGAUGAAGUUUUGUCCUACGAAAGAGGAGAUAGAAGUACUCAAGGGUUAUAAUGGAGAUAAGGAGAAGCUUGGACGAUGUGAACAGUUCUUCCUGGAGUUGAUGAAAAUUCCCCGGGUAGAAUCUAAGCUCAUGGUUUUCUCAUUCAAGAUUCAGUUUCACUCUCAGGCUUCUGACCUUAGAGAUAGCCUGCAUGUUGUUAAUGCUGCUUCAGAAGAGAUCAGGAACUCUGUCAAAUUAAGGAGAAUCAUGCAAACAAUACUUUCUCUAGGAAAUGCUUUGAACCAGGGAACUGCCAAGGGUUCUGCUAUUGGAUUCAGAUUGGAUACCCUUCUUAAACUCACUGAGACACGUGCACGGAACAACAAGAUAACUCUCAUGCAUUAUCUUUGUAAGGUUGUGGCAGAUAAACUACCAGAAGUUUUAGACUUCUCCAAGGAUCUUGCUAACCUCGAGCCAGCUGCAAAGGUCCAAUUGAAGUUUGUGGCAGAGGAGAUGCAAGGUAUAAACAAAGGAUUAGAGAAAGUUGAACAUGAACUAUCGAACUCUGAAAAUGAUGGUCCUAUAUCAGAAACUUUCAGCAAGAAUUUGAAAGAGUACCUCUGUUCUGCGAAAGCCGAAGUCAGUUCGUUGGCUUCACUUUACUCUCUUGUGGGUAGGAAUGUGGAUGCUUUGAUUAUUUAUUUUGGUGAAGAUCCAUCACGCUGCCCUUUUGAGCAAGUUGUUACAACUUUGCUCAACUUCACUGGAAUGUUCAACAAAGCCCAUGAAGAAAACUGCAACCAGCUUGAGCUUGAAAUGAAGAAAACAGAAGAAAGUGAGAAACAAAAAUGUGAUUCAGUUUCAGUCAAGGGGUUGUGCAUUUUGCUUAGUGGUUUGGUGCAGAAUGGUUGGGACGAUGGUUCGGAGGAUUGGUGUUGGCGUAAGAUUUGGAAGUGGCCUGGUACCCUUCGAAUGAAAAUUCUUCUUUGGAAGUUAGCUUACGGGAGGUUACCUAAUAAAUUGUGGAUUACCUCGUGGUCUAAUGGGGAUAGCCUCUGCCCAAUUUGUAGGAGUGAAGAUGAGUCUAUUAUCCAUGUUUUUUUGGACUGUGCAGUUGUCUGCGAAUUAUGGUGCGAAUCCAUUCCUCUGAUUCACCAGGAUGGCUUCUUCACGGUUUGGUGUUGGAGAAAUAACGUUGUUCAUUUGCAAUUGAUGGCUCCUUCGCUGCCUCAUUCUGCUGGUGUCAUUAAGCGCACUCUUGCUUAUGUCUUAGGGUCUUUUUCCCCUUCCAUCUCUCAUCCAGUGGCGUAUUUGCUAACAAAAAGGGCUACAAUCGCUAUUUCAGCUACGAAAGCUCAAUUCAGACGGGAAGAUGGUCGCAAUCUGAGCCCAAGAUGA